CCGGCGAUCCACGGCUCGCCCCAUCCAGUCGCUGGUUGCGUCUUGUGUUGUGUGUGUUGUGCCGUCCACUGGAAUAAACUAUUCUCAAGGGGAAAGAGAUAAGGAGUCGUACCGACUGAAAUAAAUUAGCCAAUGAUCGGGAAACAAGAAAGAUGAGCGAAGGCACCAUGGCUGACGACCCGCAGCUCAACACAUCCACCACAAUAGAAAUACCCGGAAACGGACAAGUCAAUGCGGGCUUCGAGGACACAGAGAACAGGGCGGAGACGCCCAAGACGGCGGACCAAGAAGCCGAGACCCCGCCCGCAGCAUCCAAGUACCCGAAUGGCACUGAAAGGCUGAACCAGGAGAAGACCAACGGGAAUGCGGACAAGACGCAGAACGGCAACACCAAAGCCGCCGAGAUCGCCGAAGCCGUCAACCUCGAGCUGGUCAACUUGCAGCCUUACAACAACGGCAUACCCGUCAAAAAAGAGUCGACCGAACUCGACAUCGGCGACCCUUACGACGAAUAUUUCGUUCCUGUUAACCAACACAAAAAAUACAUGAGAGGAGAAAAGUUAUACGUAACACAAGAUAAGAGAAGAAGUAUAGGUGGUGGGAAGAAGAAAUGUUGCUGGGGAGUUUUAGGUGUAUUAGUAUUAGCAGUCGCUGUUGCCAUAUUCGUCGGAAUAACGCUGUCUCAAGAAUCGAACGAACCUGGAGAGAGCAGGACGUUCAAGAACAAGUUCCAAGGAGCAGGCUUCGGAGGAGUCGCACCAUCGCCGCCUCCUCGGUCUACUGUCUUACCUCCUAAGCCCACGACUGACGUUUCAGAGAUGUUCGUGUCCAGAGUCAUCGAAGGUGAACUUACUAUCGACAAUUUAGGAUAUUCGCACGAGUUGUCACAGGACAACAACACAGAAUUCAAACUCCUUGCUGCGUCAUUAGAAAACGAGUUAAAAGCAGUUCUAUUCGACCAAUCAGAAAUAUUAAAGGGAAAUCAGGAUUUAAAUGUGAAAGUCAUGUCCUUCAAGACCGGAAGUGUGAUAGUGGCGUACAGAGUCGGUUGGGCGUUCAAGGAUGCAGAGGCCAGAGAUCCCAUUGACGCUGAGAGUUUGCAGGCAAGACUAGAAUCCCAUCUGGUCAGCAACAAAGGGCACAUCUACAACUACAGAAUACCUAUUUCGUCCUUAAAAUCCCAUAGAGUGGAGAAUGAAUGUCAAAAAAACAACUACGGGUGUUCUCACAAGUGUUUGUUCAAUCAGAAUAUGCUUGAUUUUGCUUGCCAGUGCCCAGAUAAUUUCAGCUUGAGUGAAGAUAAAAAAACAUGCACAGAAGAGGUACAAACUUUUGUGCCUGCAUUAGCUCAUCCUGAGCCUUCGCCAGAACUAACUGCUGAACCGGAACCUUCUGCAGAGCCUGAACCUUCACCGGAACCAGCUGCAGAACCUGAACCCACGCCAGAACCUGCAGCGGAACCUGAACCAUCUCCAGAACCUCCAGCAGAACCUGAACCAUCGCCAGAACCUGCAGCAGAACCUGAACCAUCGCCGGAACCUGCAGCAGAACCUGAAUCAUCGCCAGAACCUGCAUCAGAACCUGAACCAUCGCCAGAACCUGCAGCAGAACCCGAACCAACAGCUGUGCCGGAACCUUCUGCAAAACCUGAACCCUCCCCAGAACCUUCUGCAGAACCAGAAUCAUCACCCGAGCCAGCUGCUGCACAGGAACCUUCAGCAGAACCUGAACCAGCAACAGAACCGGAACCUUCUGCAGAACCCGAACCAUCACCAGAACCAGCUGCAGAACCGGAGCCUUCUGCAGAACCUGAACCAUCACCUGAGCCAGCUGCAGAACCGGAACCUUCUGCAGAACCUGAACCAUCACCAGAACCUUCUGCUGAGCCUGAACCCUCUCCUGAACUUUCCCUUGAACAUAAACCCUCACCAGAACCUGCUGCAGAGCCCGACCCCUCACCAGAACCUACUGCAGAGCCUGAACCGUCACCAGAACCUGCUGCAGAGCCUGAACCGUCACCAGAACCUGCUGCAGAGCAUGAAACGUCACCAAAACCUUCUGUAGAGCCUGAACCCUCACCAGAACCUGUUGCAGAACCUGAACCAUCACCAGAACCCACUGCAGAGCCUGAACCAUCACCAGAACCUGCUGCAAAGCCUGAAUGGUCAACAGAAUCGACUGCAGAAUUAUCGCCCAUGCGAGUAUCUUCAACAGAACCAGAGUCAUCACCAGAAUCUUCGACACAAUCUGAACAUUCUGCUAGUAAGUUGGAACCUUUUGCAGAAAUGGUACCAGUAUCAGAAACAUCUGAAGAAACUCAAUCCUCAACUGCAGUUAAACUUGAAUCUUACAAAACUCUUGCUUCUUCUGAAGAUUAUUCCUCAUCUUCCAAACCUUCAACCCAGUCAACUCCUGAUGAGGAAACUGAAAGUGUAGCUAAACAGGAAGAACAUCACGUUAUUGUUCCGCAUGAAAUGGAACCAUCCACAGAAAGUUUAGACAAUUCUUCAACUGAAAAGAUCUCACCUGAACCUUCACCUAAGUCGCUGACAUUCCCAUUGGAACCCACUGAAAACAGCUCAGCUGAAUCACAGGAAGUAUCAAAGGAACCAUUACCAGAACCUUCUCCUGAUCAUCUUCAAACAGUGGGUACAUCAACUGAAGGAUCAGUAAGACCGUCAGAUGCACCUUCAGAGAAACAGAACACCUCUGCAGAUGAAACUACUCAAGACACUUUUAACUUGCCAGUCUUCUCUCCUGAACAAAAUGAGACAACAGUGAUGAAAUCAGAAGAAACCAAGCCAGUACCUGAAGAAAAACCUCAACAUAUGUUUGAAGAGCUCGUAACUACUGCACUUCCUGAAACCAAUGAAUCAGAAAACAAACCUGAGUUAGAAGAGACAGUUGAUAAAUCUGAAACUUCAUUCAAUUCAACAUCUUCUCCUAUGAUACAAACAUCAGAGAAACCAGAAGAUAGUUCCACUAAAAAAAUGGCUGUUUUGUCUGAGCCUUCGCUUAAUGAAACUUCAUCUGAAAGUGAAUACACUGGAUUAAAAGCGAGUACAUCCAAUAAAAUGUUAACUGAUAUGGAAGAUACACGCUUUUUUACCACUAUGGAACCUCAGACUGAGGCUAUUGAAGGAAGCGAUUUACAAAAUGGGAAAGUAGGAACCUCAGAAGAAACAGAUAUUGCUCACAAGUUUGAAGUAAAUGGAGAUUCUUUAGUCGGAAAUAGAUACGAAACAACGAAAGAAAAUCCUGAUAAUGGAAAUGAUGCCAAAGUUUCUACACCACCAGUUGACACUAUGAAGCAAAAUGACCUUCAGGAAGAAAAGUACACAUUUUCUGAUGGGGAACUCACAAAAUCUGAGUUUUUCAAUCAUGGCAAUCUCUUUACAAAAAUCCCUGAACUCUCCGGGCCAUUCCCAGUCGAGACAAUUCAACCCUCCACUACAGAAGAUCCUGCUGUUAGCACUAUGGAGGAAAGAAAAAACUUUACAGAAAAUGUAACCGAAGAGGUUACUAAGCACAAAGCCGAUCUAUCAGGAGAUGAGCUGAACAGCUUAGACAUUGAAGAUUACCAAGAACAAGAUAAAAACAAAUACAAAAAGCCCCUUAAAAAUAAGACUUAUAAAAAUGUUAAAAUUCAAGAAGUAAUAGUGCCUCAUGACAACAUUGCAGAUAGUGUCACUAAAACUGAAAUCGUUGAAGUAAAGCCGGAUAAUCUGAAAAGCCAAGACGAAAAUGUUACUAUGACAACAUCAGUAGUUGAGGAAGAAAAUGCGACUAGACAUGAAGAAACUACAGUCCAUCCAUUGUUCGCAACGAGCUUACAGGAUAUGAUCAAAGCUGUCUCUAAGUCACUUGAUUCUAGUUCCGAAGAACCCAGAAUAACUGUCGCAGAAACAACACCAUCUGUAGAAAUGACUACAAAUUUUGUAAACAUUUCUUUGGUGGAUGAAGAAAUGGAACAAAACCAAACAGAUGCGGUAAACUCAACUGAAACAACUAUGUAUGGGGAUCUCACAACUGUUUUGCCAGAGACGACUUCAGAGGGGGUGCCAAUAUGGGAAACUGCAAACUCGACCUUUUUCACUGAUGUUAACAACUCACCCAAAUGUGCAUCAGGAGAGGUUGCUUGCAGGGAUGGUAGCAAGUGUUUGAAGCGGAUCCAGUUGUGUGAUGCCACUGAAGAUUGUACAGAUGGAUCAGAUGAAAUGGGAUGUCAAGCUUCUAAAUGUCUCCUCAACUUUCAGUGUAAAAAUAAGGAAUGUUUAGGAAGGCAUUUAGUAUGUGACGGUACUAGCCAUUGUUCGGACGGAAGCGACGAAGAAGAUUGUGAAAACUGGAAGUGCGCUGCCGAUGAAUACAAGUGCCCUUCAUCCUCACAGUGCAUCCCUAGUGUGUGGAAAUGCAACGAGAACAAGGACUGCCCUAACGGAGAAGAUGAGGAGGACUGCAAAUGAAAACUGAAAGCCCAGAUUUAAGACUGCAAACUGUUAAUAACUACCCCCCCCCCAAAUAAUCAUAGCGGUUACCUUAUGUCCCUGUGUAUUAUAGAUUUCGCAUGAAUGCGAGUUUGUUGUAUAUGUGUAAUUGAUUGUGUAAAUAUGUACUUAUGAUUACGAGUAGUCUGUUACCUAUGGAGUCAUACGAUGUUCCUGUCCAAAUUCAUGCGGAUGAAGACGAAUCGUUUCAAUUCCUCCUCAAUUGUGAUGAUAUGUUCACAAAAUUUAGUUUCAUAAAAUUAAGUCUGUUAAGUAACUCCUUUUUCACGAACAGUUUUCCAACAUCUCAUUUUAAAUUUGAUUUGAUUGGAACACGCUGUCUUUUUUGGCCUAUUCUUGCAAGUUUAUUCAAAGAAAAACAAUUCAAAUUUUUGUUUUUAUCUUUGAAUACUUAGUGUUGCUUGACAGGCUCCCAUUCGAAGUUACUGGACUUCACGUAACCUUAUUUAUGCGCCUAUCUUAUUGAAAUAUCUUUCUGUCAUUUAUGUACUUAACAUUCUUAGGCUAAUUACCUAGUUUUUAAAUGUAUUAUAUUUAUUUAGAUAGGCAAUUAUAAUACCAAACAAGUCAAUUUGUCGGUUCCAGUUAAUUUUCUAUAUUAUUAUCGAGUGGUGCAACAGAUCAUCACCCCAUUUCGGUUAGUGCUUUCACAUGUAAAUAGUUUUAUCAUUGGUCAAUAUUUUGUUAGCUGUCAAACAGAUGAAGGAAAAGAGAUUUUGAUUGGUCAGGCCGAACAACGGUUUGACACAGUGCCGCCAUUUGAAUACUGUACAUUUCCAAACAACGAACAAAAAAA